CCCGCUGGUGUUGGACCCCGGGUGGGUGGGGGCUCAGCCCCUCUGCGCCUGUGAGUCAGCACAGUCCCGGCGAUUGGUCCGCCCGCUCGCGCCCAGCCUCUGGGAGGAGCCAGGCGGAUCCUGGUCCUGCCCGUGCCCCACUGGCCGGAGAAGCGGCUCCAGGCUGGGCGGGCAUGGGGCCCGGAGCUGUGGGCGUCUGAGCCCUAGGAGUGGGAGCCGCCUGUUCCCUGUCCUUCCCGGGGCCCUACAGGUCCCUGGGCCAUGGCGGCCAGCUCGGGCUAAGGGCCUGGGGAUGCCCGCUGCCUGGCCCCCUUGCCCCCGACUGGCAGGGGGGCCGGGCCGGGCAGAGCCUCCCUUUCCAGCCAUGGAUCUCCUGCCCCCCAAGCCCAAGUACAAUCCACUUCGGAACGAGUCUCUGUCGUCUCUGGAGGAGGGCGCCUCGGGAUCCAGCCCACCGGAGGAGCUGCCGUCCCCCUCCACGUCCUCCCUGGGGCCCAUCCUGCCGCCUCCGCCGGGGGUCGAGAGUCCCACCACCCUGUGCUCCUUCUUCCCCCGGAUGAGCCACCUGAAGCUGGCCAGUCCUGCCGGGGGGCGCCUGGGCUCGAAGGGGGAUCCCGCACGGGCGUCGGAGGACGGGGAGGGGCCGGCGGGCGCAGCCCCCCGGGACUCAGGCCCCCUGCCCCUCCUCCAGGACAUGAACAAGCUGAGUGGCGGCGGCGGGCGCCGGACUCGGGUGGAAGGGGGCCAGCUGGGGGGCGAGGAGUGGACGCGGCACGGGAGCUUUGUCAAUAAGCCCACCCGGGGCUGGCUGCACCCCAACGACAAAGUCAUGGGACCCGGGGUUUCCUACUUGGUCCGGUACAUGGGCUGUGUGGAGGUCCUGCAGUCAAUGCGUGCCCUGGAUUUCAACACACGAACCCAGGUCACCAGGGAGGCCAUCAGUCUGGUGUGUGAGGCAGUGCCGGGUGCCAAGGGGGCAACAAGGAGGAGAAAGCCAUGUAGCCGCCCGCUCAGCUCUAUCCUGGGCAGGAGUAACCUCAAGUUCGCUGGGAUGCCCAUCACACUCACCGUUUCCACCAGCAGCCUCAACCUCAUGGCCGCAGACUGCAAGCAGAUCAUUGCCAAUCACCACAUGCAGUCUAUCUCAUUUGCGUCUGGUGGGGACCCGGACACAGCUGAGUAUGUCGCCUACGUUGCCAAAGACCCAGUGAAUCAGAGAGCCUGCCACAUCCUGGAGUGUUCCGAAGGGCUUGCUCAGGACGUCAUCAGCACCAUUGGCCAGGCCUUUGAGCUGCGCUUCAAACAAUACCUCAGGAACCCGCCCAAGCUGGUUACCCCCCACGACAGGAUGGCUGGCUUUGAUGGUUCAGCUUGGGAUGAGGAGGAGGAAGAGCCUCCUGAUCAUCAGUACUACAACGACUUUCCGGGAAAGGAGCCUCCUCUUGGGGGGGUGGUAGAUAUGAGACUCCGAGAUGGGGCACCCCCAGGGAUGGCUCGGCCUACCCCGCCCAGUACUCAACCUCCCAGCCACUUGGGUGCAACGCUGCCAGUGGGGCAACCAGUUGGGGGAGACCUGGAAGUCCGCAAACAGAUGCCACCUCCACCACCUUGCCCAGGCCGAGAGCUCUUCGACGACCCUUCCUACGUCAAUGUCCAAAACCUGGACAAGGCCCGGCAAGCAGGGGGUGGGGCUGGGCCCCCCACUCCUGUUGUCAAUGGCAGCACACCCCGAGACCUCUUUGACAUGAAGCCCUUUGAAGAUGCCUUGCGGGGCCCCCAAGCAGCCCCAGCAGUGGCGAUGGUAGCAGCAGCAGCCAUGGCUGAGCAACUCCGAGGAGAACCCUGGUUCCAUGGGAAGCUGAGCCGGCGGGAAGCUGAGGCCCUGUUGCAGCUCAACGGGGACUUCCUGGUGCGUGAAAGCACGACCACAGCGGGCCAGUACGUGCUCACAGGCUUGCAGAAUGGGCAGCCCAAGCACCUGCUCCUGGUGGAUCCUGAGGGCGUGGUUCGGACUAAGGAUCACCGUUUUGAGAGUGUCAGUCACUUGAUCAGCUACCACAUGGACAACCACUUGCCCAUCAUCUCUGCAGGCAGUGAACUGUGUCUUCAGCAGCCUGUGGAGCGGAAACUGUGACCUCAUGUACAAGAUGCCCUGCAGCUCUUCCAGCCACUCUUGGCCUCUUGAGCUCCUUGGGGAAUGCUCUGUGGGAUGGGCCUUAUGGAGGAGAUGGGAGAGCAGGAACUCUGGGUUCAGCCUUCCCUGAGUGAGAGGGUUUGAGUCAGGAGCCUGGGGUAGAAGACCCACUUCUCCCCAAACUUCACCAAAGUAUUAAUGUACAGAGUGGCCCCCUUGCCUGUGCCAAUCUGAUCGAUCACCCCUUUUCCCUAAAAGGUGGGCGCGUGAGACCAGGGCAUUGUGCCACCUGGAACUGGGACAAGUUUGCAGUGAAAGGUCCGGUGGAACAGUGUCUCUUCCAGGGAUGGGGAAAGGAAUCACACCUCUCCAUCCUGGGCUCAGGGUACCCCAGACCUCUCUCAGCAACCUCCCACCCUGUGUCGUUCUACUUUGUGCCUUUGACCAUCUCCGAGGUCUGAAGAUACUUUAUGCAAAGAGGUCAAGGACAGGGGUGAUGAAACCUUGGCUUCAGGGUCCCUGUCCUCUCCUUGCUCAUCAUCCUCUCCAGUUUAGGUUGGGAGGGCAGACCGGAGUGGCCGCUGUCCUCUCUCCCAGGGGACAUACAACCCUUAGUGAUUGCCUCAGAGCCCACCUCCCACUCCGGGGAGAUGGACCCCCUCAGUGCCUCCUGGCAGAGGCUCCAGCCCAAGAACUCUGUCUGUGGGCCUGUGAGCCCUCCCCUAUGUGUUGCAUGCAUGUAUUUUCUGCAGCCAAAGUGUAGCCAUUCCUCUCCGACCUGUCCACCUUCCCCUUGCUGGAGGUGGACGGGGAGGGGAGACUUACUUAGGGCCUCCUGAACUCUUCUCCCUGGUGGAUUUUAGGAGAUGGGAAAGGGUCUCCAGAGUAAAGCAGUAGACAAUCCCUCAGUACCAUCUGUAGGUAGAUUCAGAACUGUUUUUUUUUUUUUUUUAUGUGCGUAUAUUUUGUAAUUGUAGUUCUUUUCUAAUUUGUUUUCCAUGGCUUAUUCUUGAGCACACACAAUGUCGAUGAUAUAUCAAUUGCAUUUAUACACCUCUUUGAUUUUUCCAAAAGCCCCUUCUAGUUAUUGAUUGAUCUUUUUUCUUACCCCAGCCUGUGGGUGAGAGGCCUAAGGUCCAGAUAGGCCGAUGAAGUAGACCAGGAGACCUGGGAUGGGGUGGCCCUCAGAAGGCCGGAUGGAGGCCAAGCUUUGGCUAGGUGAAUGUGGGUCUCCCACUCUAAAGAAACCCGAACCUCGGAAGGACAGUGAAGAAUAGCUCCCAGCAUGGCCCCACGGAAGACCGAGAAGGCUGGGAGUGGUGGUGGGGUGUGUGGGUGCACCUCCUGGCAAGCUUGCUUAGCCCUAGUGGACUAGGGGAGAGUGUCUGUGAAUGAUCUUGGUCCUCGACUGUCUUGGUCGUUGUCUUUUCACGGGUCUUAACGAUUACCAAAGGGAAUUGAGCUUCAUUAAAAUCCCUUAUUUCUUCUA